AGGGACAACUCGGACCACGGGACAACUCGGACCGCGGGCCGAGUUGUCUCACCCGUUUCGUGAUUUUUUUCCCACAAAUUUGCGUCUAUUUUCCUGUCAUUUCGAAAUUUCUUAAGUAAUAUUUGCCGAAACUCCUUGAAUCCUUCCCGCUACUCAUCGGCACUCUAGGCGACACCGCAAUACUUACCCGUGUUAAUAAAGUGGGACUCCGCUCACGCGCGUUUGGGCCUCCCUAGCUUAGAACUAAGCACUAAUAUCACCUUAAAAACUAAAUCUACAAGUUAUGAGCUGAGAUGAGGAUGACACUGCUGAGAUCAUGGUAUUCUGCCAUUGUCAUUAUCUCUUGUACUGGAUGGUGUAUCAUGGCAGAUACAGUGAGAGAUCCUCUUGAUAGACCAAAUAUAGUGCUCUUUCUUGCAGAUGAUAUGGGAUAUGGAGAUCUUGAAUCCUAUGGUCAUCCUAGUCAAGAAUCUGGUCCUAUUGACCAGAUGGCCCGAGAAGGCAUGAAGUUCAGUCGAUGGUACAGUCCAGAUAUAUUGUGUAGUCCUAGUAGAGGCGCCAUGCUAACAGGACGCUUACCAGUGCGUGUUGGACUCUAUGGACCGGCCAGGGUGUUUGAGAUGUCUACAAGCUAUGGCCUACCCAAAUCAGAGACGACCAUAGCUGAAAUGCUCAAGGAACAGGGUUAUCAUACCGGUAUGGUGGGCAAAUGGCAUCAAGGUAUCAAUGAGUUCUCUCACAACGAUGGUAACCAUCUACCUCAUCAUCACGGUUUUGAUUUUGUUGGUCAUCUUAUACCCUUCACUAAUCAUUGGAUGUGUGAUGAGACCAAGAUGUACACAGAUGCACCAGAUAGAUAUUACUGCCUGCUUUAUUACAAUGACACAAUCAUCCAGCAACCGCUCAGCCAUAGAAACCUUACAGAGAGACUGGUAGAAGAUGCUAAAUCAUUCAUCUUUAAUCAUCGGGAUGAGCCGUUCUUCUUCUAUUUUUCUUUCCCUCAAGUCCACACCGACAUGUUCAGCAGUCCAAAGUUCAGUGGUUCUUCGAAACGUGGUCGUUAUGGUGAUUCAUUGAAUGAGAUGAGCUGGGCUGUUGGUGAGACCCUGUCAGCCAUCAAGGAGGCUGGUCUAGAGAGGAACACACUGACUCUCUUCCUAUCUGAUCAUGGACCACAAACAGAGGUCUGCAGUGAAGGGGGAUCAUCAGGAAUAUUGAAAGGUUCCAAAGAUUCCACCUGGGAAGGGGGUAUCCGUGUUCCUGCUAUAGCAAGAUGGCCAGGUACCAUAGCACAAGGCAGCCACUCUCAAGCCAUCAUAAGUAGCAUGGAUAUAUUUGCCACUGCAGCAGAUCUAUCGGGAGGAAAGCUGCCCCAAGAUCGCAUCAUGGACAGCAGCAGCUUCUUACCCAUACUCACUGAGACAUCAGCAGAGCAUCGAAAGGUCCUGUUCCACUACUGCAAUGACAGGCUGAUGGCUGUUACGUAUGGUAUCUUCAAAGCUCAUUUUUACACCAAACCAGCAUUGAACUUGGACCAACUAGCAGCUAAGUGUAGGAAAGGUUGGAUACCUACAGGACCUUACCACCUUUGCUUUUCGUGUGACCCACCCUGCGCCGUACGUCAUGAGCCACCGUUACUAUACAACAUAGGGGUCGAUCCUUCCGAAUUGUCGCCCUUGAAUACCAGGAAAUAUCUAGAUGUCCUUAGUGAAGUUGAAAGAAUCGUAGAAGAGCAUCAGAAAACUCUGGUGAAAGGCGACUCAUUGUUUAUACGAGAGCGAGCUUUGUGGUUGAAUCCAUGUUGCAAUCCUCCGUACUGUAUGUGCAAUUAUGAUAGAACUUUAUAUCUCAAGGAACUUGGGCUUUCAUAAAAUGAAUUAUAUAAAGAGAUGUAUAUUUUCUUACUGCAAUAUGUAUUUAUAAUACAAGGGGAAAAAUCAAUUACAUACAGUUGUAUAAGUUUAUGGGUGGUGCAUGUGCCAUGUCAACUAAAGUUCAGAGGCAGAGACAAAAAAAAAGGAAUAGACUUGUUCAAGGUUAAUUUGUUAAUGAUUUUCCCUGAGUGCUAGAUGAAACAAACUGAAUUUUUUCAUGUAAAUGGCAUAUUUCAAAACUUUUUUUGACACAAAAGCGAUCUUUUGAUUAAGCCCAUAUUUUUUUGUCUUUAAAUAAAAUUUGUGGCAUGUGCAAGUGAGCACCGGGCUUGUAGCUGAUGCAGGGGUGUGAGAGUUCAGAUUUUUAUCUGAUUUCAGAUUUUUUGUUUUGAUUUUCAGCUUAAUUUCAGCUUAUUUUUGGCCUUCCUCUGUACAAAAAGUAUGGGAGCUCUUUCUAUUUCAGACUCUUUCAACACUCUUCGGCUUUUUUCAGAUCUUUUUAUUUGUGACCACUCACACCCCUGCUGAUGGCAUUGCAUUCCUCACAACCAUUGGUGCUAUAUGAAUUUAUCACCUAUAAUAGAUCCACUGAUGUUAUAUUGAUUGAUACUAGAGGAUUGAAGUGAUAGCCUAGUCCUUUGAUAUUUUAUUUUAAUAUUAAUUGAACUAUAAAAUACAUGUAUGAGGUGGAGGGGGAGAUCUCCUGAAAUAUGCUCGGGAUGCAGUGGAGAGAAUCUAGAUCCCCAGAGCUGGUCCUCUAGCCAAAGGCAUAUUUGGCACAGAAAAUAGUACUGAUUUGGGGAUUAGAAUACUUGUGUAGUGCCCUCUCUUGGCACGUUUGAGUCAAAUCUUUUCACAAAGGUACCAUGAUGUUAUCCAGGAUUUUUCAGCCCUAUUUCAUGCCUAGAAAGUUGUUUGAUUAAGUUGCCUUUUAAUUAAAGCCAAUACCAUCAUUCUGCCAUAGUUAGAUUCCACAAUGGUCCAGAGGCCCGUUUCAUAAAGAGUUGUAACUUUGCGAUUAGGGCAACUACCAUGUUAACAGGGCUCAGCAGCCAAUCAAAAUCAAGAUUAUCAUGGUAGUUGCCAUAAUGGCAAAGUUACAACAGUUACAACUGUUUAUGAAACAGGCCCCACAUGACUUAAUUGGUUUAUAAUUAAUUUGAAAUAGAGGUGACAGCCUAAAUUUGUCACUUGAGAUAUCAUGAGUAGAGUUUCUUAAAAAUUGUUUCUCUACUAUUUCUUUAGGAAUGUCAGUCUGGGUUAUAUACAGUACGUGUAUGCAUGUAAUUUUACCAAUCAAAUAGUUAUGCCUAUGCAGGGUGUUGAUCAAGGGUAUAAACGUCGGAACAUUCAUCAAUUGAAUAAAACGUGGGAAUUGCAAAUGCAUGUAAACCUGUAAAAAAAAAAAUUUGUAAAUGGAUCAGAAUUAAACCUAGGAAAUAAAAGACAAACAAACAAGUUGUUCAUUGCACAAAGAUUUAAUUAUAAAAAUCAAAAGAGACAAUAACACAUGAUCAACAUUUUUACACAAACAGCAAUUAAUAAUAAUGUAUGUGUGAUUUAAGUAAGGUACCGAUUACUGAGAGUGCAAACUAUCUUUAUUGAUUUCAUGCAACUGUCCCAAUAACGUGCAUAUUAUCUGAUGGAGUAAAUAAAUACACGAUCCGAGCAAAUAUUCCUCUUUGAAUAUAAUAAAAAGCCACUUGAUUUGGAUGAGCUAAUCAAUGAUUUGGAAGAACAUUGCAAGGUUUUUCACUGAUUAUUGAACAUUAAGUGAUUGCUUUUUUAAUUUGUACUCAAAUAUAAUGCAAUGCUACCGCCUAUAUCUAUCUCCCUAGUGCAGCUUGUAUCUGCAAAUAAAUAAAAUACACUUGUUUUUAAAGAGA